AUGCCAUCCGCCAAGGAGGUGAAGCGGGCGCUGGCCCGCAUCAGGGCCGCCCUGCCUCGCGAGAAAAAGGUCGCAUCCGACCAUCGCAACAUCCGUCUAGGCCUGGAGCGUAUCAGCCGUGUCGUUCCAGAUGAGCAGAGCUGGGCCGGUGUUCACGUCGGCGGCACCAAUGGCAAAGGAUCCAUCUGCGCCCUCCUGGCAGGCAUGUUCAAGCUCUCAGGCAUCAGCCACGGCACCUUCAUUUCCCCCGCCAUACCGGAGAGACACAAUGCCAUCACCAUCAACGACCGGUACGUGAACAAGCGCAUGUACGAGAUGGAGCUUCAGCACGUCGAGGCAGCCUACCGCCGCGUCGCCUCGGGCUGGAGGUUCACCUCGGGCGAGGAUCCCGGGGACUUGACGCCCUUUGAGCUUGAGACUGCCGCAGCCUUCCGUGUCUUCGACAAGAUGCACGUCAAGUACGGCAUCGUCGAGGUGGGCAUGGGCGGUGCUACGGACGCCACCAACGCCAUGAAGCAAAAGUCCGUGACGGUCAUCUCCAAGAUCGACCUCGAUCAUCAGGAAUACCUGGGCAACACCAUCGAGGAGAUUGCCAAGGUCAAAGCCGGCAUCAUGCGUCCUGGCGUUCCGUGUAUUGUGGACCAUACGAAUCCUAGCUCGGUGUUGGGGGUCCUGCGAGAGCAUGCACAAAGCGUGGGGACGCAGAUAAGCCCGUCAUCAAAAGCCCUGCCGCUAAUCGCAGGACUGGACCAAGACAGGUUCAAGUUGGAGGAUUACGAGCAGCAAAACCUGCUCUGUGCGACACUGGCGUUCAGGCAUCUGUUCCCCCACCUCGACAUCGACGUCAACAAGCUGCUGUCGAUGAAACCGUACCUGCCUGGGAGGAAGGAAUAUGUUGGCGUUUCCGGGUUGACGGACGGCCUGCGUCAAAAGCCCGUUCUCGUCGACGGCGCGCACAACAUGCUCGGGGUCGAAGCUUUGGCGAAGCAUGUCGAGACGAGGGUGCGAAAGGACGACCAGCCCAUCACUUGGGUCAUGGGGCUGUCUGCCAGCAAGUCGAAGCCUUUCUCCAAGAUGAUUGAGGCCCUUCUCAGGCCCCAGGAUAACCUCGCGUUUGUCGAAUACACCCAAGGUCCCAACGAUCCCCCAGCAGCGCCGGCCGAUCUGGGACGAGGCGUCGCGAAAGAGGCGCUCAAAAACGAAUCGCAGCUCUAUGACGGCGAGCCCGACAUUGCCUCCGCCGUGCGGUGGGCAUGCAGCAAGGCGGGCGAGGGCCCGGUCAUCAUUACAGGUAGUCUGUACCUGAUUCGGGAGUUUUACAAGCUCGAAGGCGUCGAGCAGCAGAGAAAAAUCGGUACGAGGCGACCCGGUCGUGCCCAGCUCUGGCACUAUACUCAACUGUCGCAGCAGAGAGCCCUGACCGCCGAGGAGGCGCAAGAAUAUAAAAAGGCAAGACGGCACUGGCGUCUGUCGCCGCUGAGAAACCCGACGUUCAAAACAAGCCAGGAGGGGGGCCAGCCGCAGCCUCCCACCGUCUCGGAGCAGACGCGCGAGCUUCAGCGAACGGCGGCACAUCACAAGAAACAGGCGGAUGGGUACCGAAGCGCCAUUGCCAGCAUCCAAAACGAUUUGGAUGCGGAAAGGACGGGUGGGCCGGGCUCGUCCCAUCUGAGUGGGAGCAUUGACGAGUUGAAGAGGCGACACGAAGAACAUAUUAAGGCGUACAACAGCGCCAUGUUCAAGAUCCGCGGACACGUUGCGGAUCCGGAUAAGAAGCAUCUGAGUCACGAGGAGAUUUUCGGACGACCAGAAAAGCCCAAGAGGAGGAUAGCGACACUCCUUCGAAAGUUUGAGGAGGACGAGGCGCGGGAGCAAGAGUCCAAGGCAGCGACCGCGUCCUCGCGCAGGGCCAUUGAGAAUGAGAUUCUGCAGGCAUCUCGUGACGUCCUAGGCGAAGGCUUCGGGGGCCAACGACGGAGACAACGAAGCAACGAGCCGGCCGAAGGCUCAAAGCCCGACAAGGGGACCUCUCCCAGCGAAAAGACAGUUGGGGGCAGGCGGUGA